CACAAUACCCAAGUGCCGCUGGGCCAGCCUUGCAGACUCUGGCGCCCUCUUCCAGCCCGGGCAAGGCCCAGGGCCCUGGGCAGCCUGAGGUGCCCUCCGGAGGGCCGCACCCCUCCCGCUGGCCCGGGGCAUGUCUCUACUCACCAAUUACGAGGGGCUGCGCCAUCAGAUAGAGAGGCUUGUGCGAGAAAACGAGGAGCUCAAGAAGCUGGUGCGGCUGAUCCGGGAGAACCACGAGCUCAGAUCGGCUCUCAAGACCCAGGCUGGUGGCCUCGGCCUCAGCGGCUUCCCCAGCGGCCUCGGGGAGGUGGUGGCAGGCUCUGCGACCCGCCAGGGCAACAAUGUCUUCCUGCCCACGGCCACAGCGACAGCCAAGGAACCCACGCUGGAGGAGAUGGGAAUCACGCCCCUGGCGCCGCUGGCCGACAUGCUGGGAAGCCCACAGCCUGGAAUGAGCCCCCUGGGCACCCUGCUGCCCAGCCCCACCCCAGCAAUGCAGAGCAGCCCCAUCUCUGGCCUCCUGAGUGGGCCACUGCCCCGCCACCUGCCCAGCCACCUAGCGCCCUCGAGCACUUUGUCCAACUCCCUGGGCCUGCCUCCCCCUGGCCACCUGGCAGGGUCGGUGGCCAUGCCCUCCAUGGGCACGCUGACCGGCUCUUUGGGCAUGCUCUCCACUGGCUCGCUGACUCCCAGCAGCCCCCUGGCUGGCCCACUGGCCGUGUCGCAGAGUAGCCCUCUGAUGGCCCCCAUGGGGAGCCCCGUGGCGCUCUCGUUCAGCAGCCCCCUGCUCAGCUCCACAGCUGCCCCCAUAGGUGUCCCUCAGAACCUUCUGGCCAGCCCCAUGGGCAACCUGGUGCUAUCGGAGGCCCCCAGGGUGCAGGUGGCGGAACCCCUGCACUCCUCGGGGCCCCAGGCCUUGGCCACCCCUGCGCCCGCGCCCAAAGAGCACGCACGGAUGUCCCAGGAUCCAGAGCCCCCCGGCGUGACGUUCGCGGAUGCUCCCCUCCAGACCUCCACCCCCGCAGGCGCCACGGCCUUUGCACAUGGCACCUCAGACCGGGCCCAGCCCGGGGCCCCCCAAGCACAGGGGGUCCCCGCCGCCUCUGCCCCGCAGUCCACCCCGGGCUACGGCUCCACUACCGCCGCGCCCGCGCCCUCCCAGCCCCCCAGCCACGUGCAGGCCUCUGCCGGCCCCCACUCAACCCCGCGCAACUCGCAGCCCUCCCCACCGCGCACCGUGUCCUCCCCGGCCUCAGUCAGCGACACCCGGGGCUCGCGCCCCUUGGAGGCGGCCCGCAAGAGUGUCCUGGAGCUGGAUCGGAAGAUGACCCACCGCAAGAGCAGCAAGUUCCCAGAGAGCUCCCGAGACGCGCCCCGAGAGUCCAAGCAGCUGGCCUGGGAGAGGCUGGUGGGCGAGAUCGCCUUCCAGCUGGACCGUAGGAUCCUGUCCAGCAUCUUCCCGGAGCGUGUGCGCCUCUACGGCUUCACCGUGUCCAACAUCCCGGAGAAGAUCAUCCAGGCCUCACUGAACCCCAGUGACCACAAGCUGGACGAGGAGUUGUGCCAGACGCUCACACAGCGCUACGUGAGCAUCAUGAACCGGCUGCAGAGCCUGGGCUACAAUGGGCGGGUGCACCCGGCGCUCACGGAGCAGCUGGUCAAUGCCUACGGCAUCCUGCGGGAGCGGCCCGAGCUGGCUGCCUCCGAGGGGGGCUCCUACACCGUGGACUUCCUGCAGCGGGUGCUGGUGGAGACAGUGCACCCCAGCAUGCUCACCGACGCUCUGCUGCUGCUGUCCUGCCUCAACCAGCUGGCACACGACGACGGCAAGCCCAUGUUCAUCUGGUGACGCAGCAGCCCCUCCCCAGGCAGGACCAUUAAAGCCCCCCAGACACCAA